CAGAACUACACCAACUGCAGCUGCAUCUCUGAAAAUGGGCUCAUGGGGUCUGCCAAGCCCGGGACCUGCGGCACCGGCUGCUCCCACCUCUUCCUACCCUUUGUGGUCCUGUCCUGCCUGGCGGGGAUCCUCGCCAGCACGUCCCACACACCGUCCUUCAUGCUUAUCCUCAGGAGCAUCCAGCCUGAAGACAAAUCGUUUGCGGUUGGGAUACAGUUCAUGCUGCUGAGAGUUUUAGCAUGGAUGCCGGGACCCGUUCUGUACGGCAGCGCCAUCGACACGACCUGCAUCCUCUGGGAGAAGAAGUGCGACAGGAAGGCAGCCUGCAGAUACUACGACAAUAACCUCUUCAGGCAGAGGUAUCUUGGUCUCCAGUUUUUCUUUGAGGUGGGCACUUUCCUGUGCUUCGUGACGGUGUAUGUGAUUCUCAGACGGCAGGAGAGGGAAGCCGGUAACGCAGCAGAGACAAAGGCAGACCCAGAGAAGGAGAAACUGGCAGGAAACUCCAUAAAGAGCCCAGAAUCCAAAGUGUGACACCAAAAAUGUGAAUUGCGAUCCGUGUCCAGGGAGGUGAAGCCAUGUGAAUCACCCCACACUUGAAAUGUGAAGGAUUGAUGCCUGGAGAGAUAGACUAUGGGGCUGCUUCC